CAGAUAGUCCACUCUUGGUCUACUCCAGUGUCAUGGCGUACUGACACAGCUUUAUUUGGUUUUUUGUCGAAAUGGUCCUGUGCAUGUCAUAGUUGUUUUGUUGAAGUAAAUCUUUUACAGGUUAGAAGCUAGACCUAUCCCAAGCCAUUCACUACAAACAUAGUUGUUCUUCAGGGCAUAGCAGUUCGGAGGUUUUCUCAGCAAUAUGGCUGGAAGCAGUAUGGCUCAGAAGACUUGGGAGCUAACAAAUAGCAUGCAGGAAGUUCAAAGUAUUGAUGAAAUUUACAAGUAUGACAAAAAACAGCAACAAGAAAUUCUAGCAGCGAAACCAUGGACAAAAGACCAUCACUACUUCAAAUACUGCAAGAUCUCAGCUUUGGCUUUGCUGAAGAUGGUGAUGCAUGCCCGAUCUGGGGGUAACCUGGAGGUGAUGGGACUGAUGUUGGGUAAGGUGGACGGAGAGACGAUGAUCAUAAUGGACAGCUUUGCUCUGCCAGUGGAGGGUACGGAGACUAGGGUGAACGCACAAGCUGCAGCCUAUGAAUACAUGGCUGCAUACAUAGAGAACGCCAAACAGGUUGGGCGCUUGGAGAACGCUAUUGGAUGGUACCACAGUCACCCGGGUUACGGAUGUUGGUUGUCAGGUAUUGAUGUCAGCACUCAGAUGCUCAACCAGCAAUUUCAGGAGCCUUUCGUUGCUGUCGUGAUUGACCCAACUCGCACCAUAUCUGCUGGGAAAGUUAAUCUAGGAGCUUUCAGAACCUAUCCCAAGGGCUACAAACCACCCGAUGAAGGACCGUCAGAGUACCAGACAAUUCCCUUGAAUAAGAUUGAAGACUUUGGGGUGCACUGCAAGCAGUACUAUGCAUUGGAAGUUACUUACUUUAAAUCAUCACUUGACCGCAAAUUAUUGGAGCUCCUGUGGAAUAAAUACUGGGUUAACACUCUAAGUUCAUCAAGUCUGCUGACAAACUCGGACUACACCACGGGACAGGUGUUUGACCUGUCGGAGAAACUCGAGCAGUCAGAAGCUCAGCUGGGUCGGGGCAGUUUCAUGCUGGGCCUGGACACACACGACAGAAAGAUUAGAAACCUUAACAUUUUUAAUCCAUUACUUAAUUAUUAUAUGGUUCACAGGUGACAUCAAAUAAAAUUAAUUUGUUUAUCUGCAUCACUGUUGUAAUCAGAAAAAUAUGGAUGACAUAUCCCUUUCUCCACAUGAAACUCACAGAAGCCUGGUUAAAAGUGUCUAUCAAGGUGGGGAACGCUUAAUACUCUCUGUCCAGCAGGUGGCACAACAACCAUCACAGCUUUGGGGUUGGACUUGGAUCAAACCAAGUCUGAAAGGGGGGGGGGGCAUUUUAUACGUUUAUUUAAACAUCCCACUGAUACUCAAAUGCAGCAUAAAGUAUUAACUGAUGUUUUAUUAUAUUGUUUUUUUUGAUAAAUACUUAUCACAGAUCCUUCAACAAAACUGUUGUGCCUUUGUAUAAUACCUACAGAUAGUCCACUCUUGGUCUACUCCAGUGUCAUGGCGUACUGACACAGCUUUAUUUGGUUUUUUGUCGAAAUGGUCCUGUGCAUGUCAUAGUUGUUUUGUUGAAGUAAAUCUUUUACAGGUUAGAAGCUAGACCUAUCCCAAGCCAUUCACUACAAACAUAGUUGUUCUUCAGGGCAUAGCAGUUCGGAGGUUUUCUCAGCAAUAUGGCUGGAAGCAGUAUGGCUCAGAAGACUUGGGAGCUAACAAAUAGCAUGCAGGAAGUUCAAAGUAUUGAUGAAAUUUA